CCCAAAAAUUUCUAGAAUAAAUAAGUGAGUUAGGGACUAACUUGUGAGGAAAUAUUAUUAGUGAACUUAAUGUCAAUUUGUGUUAAAUUUAAGGGGCUUAAAAAGGGGAAAAUUUUGGAUAAGGAUCUGCUGACAUUUUUUUUCUUCUUUUUUCUUCCAGCCCGCGUGUUCUGCUCUUCUUUUCUUCCCCCUGCACCGAACAAAGCCCCCAAGCUGCCAGCAGCCCUCCCUUGAAGAAAAAUCGAUAUAAGCUUGGAUUUUUCUCUUCUUUUCUUGUUCUAGAACCUAGAAAUCUUUCCCCCUGAAGAAUCUCAGAUCUGCUCUGCUCUGUCUUCACCGCCUGCUGCUCUUGUUUGUGGGGGCGAAAUUCUUCAAAUUCUGAAAUUGCCGCCGGUUCUUUCCCAAACUGUAGUCCGGUUGUGCUAGGAAACUUCUGGUAUUUGGACAGCCCUCCAAGCCCCGAAUUUGUCCAUUUAUUUGCUGUCUUGUGAUGUCCGAAAAUCUGAUGGAAAUAGGGGAGAAAUUUGAUAGUAAUUAGACCAUGAUUUAGCUUAAUUCAAGUGAGAUUUAUGUGAUUGAGUGUUAAUUGACUGCUGUGGUUUUUGGAGAGAAAAUCUCGUGAGAUUAGCUAUGGUUUUGUCAAUUUUGGAAAGUGCAGUUACUGUUCACGGCACUGUUCAUCAUACUGUUCACACACUAAUGGCCAACAAUUAGCGGGGAUUAAAUGUUUAGUUUGUGAUAUAAGAACAAAAGUGGAGAUUGAUAAGAAUAGCACUGUGAUUAGGGGUAGUGCUAAUGAUGAUUUCACUUUGAAAUUGUGGUAGUGCGGUAUUAAUUCUUGGAUAUUUUGAUUAAGUUCCUGAUCGUUCUGUCAGUUUAGCAUUGAGAUCGAGUCUUCGGUUUUAUGCGAGUGAGUGGUGGUGAGACUAAACUCGUUUUACACAAAUAUGAUUGAUUGAAAUGAAAUUUUUAUGCUUUUCAUUAAAUUGAGCAUGCUUACUUGAAAUUUAAUUGAUUGUCCUGAUGAUUUGAAAGUGAUUAGUGAAUUAUGAUUUUUCUGUUAACUUCAGCCUGUUUUGUCUCCGAUGUGGUCAUGUUAUUAUGUGGUCAUGUUAUUAGUGACCCUGCUAGUGGGGGUUAAAUGCUAGCACAUGUCGACAUGUUAGUGAUAGAACCAGUUCGUUUGAGUGACUCUGCUAGUGGGGAUUAUACACUAGUAAAUAGUGCACCUGCCAAUGGGUGGUUUAUAACACUGGCUGUGAUCUAUAGAGGAGACGUCUAUUUUGUUCCCGUACUGUAUCCGUUUUUCGUGAUUACACUUGUUGGCAUGCUAUAAGUUUAAUAAGGGCCACUCCAUAUUUUACUUACUGAUUUUAUCUCAUAGUUUUUCCUCGCCCACCAUUUUAGGAAGCAAAACCGAGGAUGAGGAAACUACGGGAAGUGACGAGUUAGAAGGCUAGCCAUUUUGAGAUUGAUAUAGAUUUUAAAAAUAAAUCAUGCUUUUGUAAGAUAGAUUUUACCUUGAAUUUAUGAGAUCAAAAUAGAUUUCGGUCAUUAGAUCAAUUACUUGGAUUUAAGUCAUUUUGGAUAUAGAAAUAAAUUGAGAUGUUUGAU